CUUGUGACCAAGCCACCGUUAGAGUUGUAAAGAACAUCGGAAACAUUGCAGGCGUGGAUCAUUGUGCGGUAGUGUGUCACAACUUCCUUUUGGGUUGAAAGAUUCAGAUCGAGAGAAUCAGAAGAGCAGAUAUUCCAGACCAGUGUAGUACCCCCAGCUGACUGACAUGUCCAACCCAGUCACUCAACAGCCAGGAGCCGCCUCCUAUGGCACCAACGUACAGACAGGAGAGUGGAGCACGGGUCUCUGCUCCUGCUGCAAUGACAUGCUCGUCUGUGCCAUUGGUUGUCUCUGUCCAAUUGCACUGUACUGCUACACAGCAAAUAAGUAUGGUGAGACUCCAUGCCUGGCGUGCGUUCCUGGAGGCAUGGCUGCUAUGAGGACGCACAUGAGACUGACUUAUGGCAUCCAAGGUACAAUAUGCAACGAUGCCCUGAUGACCUUCUGCUGUGGAAUUUUUGAGACCUGUCGAAUGGCCAGAGAAAUUCGUAUUAGAAAUGGAGAGGCUUAAUAAUGUUACCACUGUAACAGUACUUUGUAGCAAAGAUCUACAGUUACUGCGGACCAGUCUGUAUGUCCCUUCAAUUUGUUUUAUUUUACUGGCUUAAAGAGUUUUAAGGGGUUUUAUAUUAAAUAUAUAUAUUGGUUUUAAUGACUAAAUAGAUACUAGAUGAUGUUAUGGCCUGUAAAAAUUCAACAUACAAUCAGCUCUUUGAUUUUAUGAACCUUACUUCUUUCCUUUUUUAAAAUACUGGUAAAAUAUGUCAUAAAUGGAAAUGGACAUGUGUCAAAACAUUCUGUAAACUUGUUUCACACAUUUCUUUCUUUUAAACAAGUUAAUUAAGUUAAAUGACAUUUUUCUGCAUUACCUUGUUUAUGUGAACACAUUUUACUGCUUUAAAAUAAACCCUU